CAUAUUCCAUUGCCAUUACCAACCUUUCAAUCGCUUCAAAUCCUCCGCCCUCUCUCUCCCUCAUCAUCUUGGCCCCAAAGCCUCUCUCCCUCUCAUCUUCUUCUCUCUCUGAAAACACAACACAAAUCAACACAGAACACAAAUCGAUCUAUCAAAGCUUUUUUUUGAGUUUUUGAGAUCGGUUUGAAGAAAUCCAGUUGAGAAAUCAUGGCACAAAAGACGGGGAAAGAAGAGACAGAAUUCAAAGUACCUGAAACCUUGACGCUCUGCGUCAAUAAUUGUGGAGUUACCGGAAAUCCGGCGACCAAUAACAUGUGCCAGAAAUGUUUUAACGCGACCACGGCAAGUACCACCAACAGCAGCACGCCCGCCGUUGCAUCAACCGUGUCCGGAGGUGGAGUAUUGAUAUUCUCGUCAUCAGGCGAGAAGAGCCCGAGAUCCACCCCGAAACGAGCAGCGGAGCAGCCUGAUCCGUCCCCGCAGGCAAACGGCAAGCGGAAGCUGACUCCAGAUCGGGCGGAAUCUGGUUUGGCGACGAAGAAGGUGAUGGACAAGAGAGUCGUGAAUCGGUGCUCCGGUUGCCGCAGGAGAGUCGGUCUGACGGGAUUCCGGUGCCGAUGCGGGGACCUCUUCUGCUGGGAACACCGGUACUCCGACAGACACGAUUGCAGCUACGAUUACAAGACUGCUGGUCGCGAGGCAAUCGCGAGAGAGAAUCCGGUGGUUAAGGCCGCGAAGAUCGUCAGAGUCUGAGUACAAGUCAUAAAUUAUCUGUCGUGGAAAUACAAGUAAAAUAUUCAACAGACGGAGGUCGGAUCUCUUUCUCUCCCAAACGACGAUCAUGAUGAAGAACAGAGGCCGAUUUAGGGAGAGAAAAACAUGGAAUCUAACAUGGUUUUGUCAUUCAUGAUCAUCGAAGAUCAAAAUCUCUCUGAUUGUUCGUGUGCGAUUGAUCCAUAAUUUUUUUAAAAUUUUAUUUGUAGGAAAAAAAAAGAAAUGAUUGUGGUAUUGGCUUUCGUUUGCAAAACUAGAUUAUAAAUUAAAAUUAAAAUAAUUAUUGUAAUUUUCGGAAAUGUUGUCGACCUCCCCCAUACAGAUGGCAUGUGUAUGUAAAUUAGAAGCAAAGCGAAGGAGUUUGAUGUCAA